CUGUGGGUACCGCGUGGAAGUGUAUGAAUAAUAUUUCGAAACAAAUUAUUCGCUCUCAAUUCGUUGACUGAAGAUUUUCAGUCAACGCUCGAAUCAUUCACUAACAACAAGAUUUUCUUCAUAGUGAAUUAUUCUCGAAUAAUCAUUGCGCUGACAUUACAAAGUUUUUUUCUUAUGUUCGAACUCCAGAAUUCUUGACGCCGGCAAAAAGCGCAAGCUCAACCUAAAAAGAUCAGUAGAGACAUGCGCAUUACUAGGUCCAAGGGUUGUUAAAAACUAUUCCUUCCACACCUUUGACCUUCAAAAUUCAUUGUGUACACCAAAGUGCACCGCAAGAUUAAUACGAAGUUCAUUGUUCAAGACAAUUGGUAGCUCACGCUGUAGAUUCAAAAUGCCGAUUUCGGCUAAAUUUCUGUUUGUUGCAUUGUUUUUUGUAGGAAACGCCUACUGCAAUGCUGUACAUAAACCAAAAAUUGCAAUUAUUGGAGCAGGAAUCGGGGGUGCAUCCGCCUCACACUUCCUCACAGAAUUGUUGGACGGAGAGUUAGAAAUUGAUAUUUAUGAAUCAAAAACAGUCGGUGGACGCCUCGCCACCAUAGCAGUUGGGAAUAACACAUAUGAAGCUGGUGGUUCCAUUAUUCAUUCGAGAAAUAAAUACAUGAAAGACUUUGCUAAGCUUCUUGGAUUGGAGGAAAGACCAACUUCUGAAUCGCUAAUGGGUAUAUGGAAUGGAGGUGAGUUUGUCUUCACGGAGAGCAAUUGGAAAAUAGUGACUUUGGCAAAGUUACUUUACAGAUACGGUAUACAACCAAUAAAGCUUCAUAGAUACAUUAAUACCAUCCUGAAUAAAUUUGACAAUAUAUACCAACGUCAAGAUGAUGGAAUGGCAUAUGAGAGUUUCGUUGAUUUAUUAUCUGGAAUGGAUCCAGGAUUCCCUAGUCUCUUAGAAGUAUCAACAGCAGCACAUCUUCAAGCUCAAGGAUUUUCAAAGGAUGUUAUCGACGAAUUAGUUGAAGCAACUCUAGUCGUAAAUUAUGGUCAAAACACAGAUAUACAGAGUUUUGUAGGCUUUGUGUCUGUUGCCGGUGCAGGUGCCGAUCUCUGGGCUGUGAAAGGAGGAAAUAAGGAGGUACCAAUGCAUCUUAUCUAUAGGAAUAAUAAAGUAAGCGUAGUGCCCUCACAAGUAAGCAAGAUUCGAUACUUGUCAAAUGAAAAAUCUCUACCACAGUAUGAGUUGUCCUACAACAAUGCUGGUAGCGAGAAUGUAAUGAAGAAUACUUACGAUGUAGUCAUAAUUGCAACACCAUUAACGGAAGACCAAAAGAAUCACAUCAGUUUUGAAGGAUUUCCGAAAAAUGCUGCCUUAAAGUUUUCAGGGAAGUAUCAAACGACUGUAGCAACUUUCGUCGAAGGUGACAUAAACCCAAGUUACUUCGGCCUAGAGGAGUCGUUAGAUGCAAUUUUGAGUUGUAAUCCAAAUGAGACCAAAAUUCAUUCCGUCGGUAAACUAUUUCCUGUGGAUGGACCGACUGAAAAUAACUCCAGAACAUGGAAAAUUUUUAGUAAAGAGCGACUGUUGCCGAGCGAUAUCAGUGCAAUGUUUUCUCAUGUCGAUCAAGUACACGCCAUCCCAUGGAAGGCAUACCCAAAAUAUUCCGUAAAUCCACGUUCCGAUAAAUUUCGGCUGUUUGAUUCAUUGUACCACGUCAAUGCGAUAGAGUGGGCCGCGAGUGCGAUGGAGAUGAGUGCCAUAGGUGGAAGAAACGUUGCAUUGUUGGUAUACAAUCAAUUAAUUUCCUGCUGCCUGGAUUCGACUGUGACGGAUAAAACAAAUUGCAAGUGCUCUUGUAAAAAACAAACUUCACCAAAUAAAGCACAAAAUGUAGAAUUGUAAUUCUGUGAUACGAAUAAUUAAAUACGAAUAUAUUUACAACAGCAUAAUAAAGAUCUCAGAGUUGAUGUGAAUAUUAUUGAUGAAUAAAAAAAACUACGUAAUGUUAUCGAAAACAAAUAAAAAAAAAGAAUUGUGCAAAGAU